UAAUAUCCAUGCAGCGGCUUCUUUCUUUGGUUGAGCAUUUCUGCGGGAAAGAUGGGCCAGAGGAAAUCAUGUCUUUUGAUCUUAGCACAUUUGCGUUUUUCCACCGCAGACGUGUUAUAGAGAAAGGCACAAUAUCCUAAGUGGAUUCGAUUGUGGAAAUGGCGCAUAGUUUAAUGAACGCCUGGGUAGGCUUGCAAGUGUUUAAAAGGCACUCGCAUUAGGGCUACUCUGAAGCGUUGCCUGACACACCUUUGACGGUUGUUUGACAUCUUUGGGAAGAACUUAGGCGGCAACAGAGUUUUGUUGCAAUGGGCCUGGGCCGAUUUAUCAUGCUUGGUAUCUCCCUGUUUCGUGGUUUCCAAUUUUGAACGAAAAUCGCACUUUUGGCAAGCCAUGAGGAAACCCUGGCAGAGCACGCACCAAGGGCACCAAGGACAACCACCCGCCGGGAGAUAUGGAGACCGAUCGCAUGAUUCGUCUUAACGGACAUGCAGUACAUCUUUCCAUUUUUUCUCGACAUAUUUAGCUUAUGUAAUGUGUGUGGCGCAGCCAUGUACCCGACAGCGUUUCACGUCGCCCAUCAAACACACAAGGCUCAUUCUCUUCAACGAUAGUACAUUUCGCAAAAGCAAUGCCCUCCGAACAAACGUACCAAGUGACUAUCUUUGUGCAAACAGUAUCCCAGCGAGAUCCUGUUGAACCCGUCUCCUUAUCUCUGCUAGCGCGUGCAACAACACAAGACGUAGUUCGUGCGGUUGUAGGCAUGACUAAAAUGGCGAGUGCUCGACAGGAAGCAGGAAAUCAGUGGAAGUUGUAUGAGACAGAGUUUGUCCGUGACGAGGAACAUGAGGUCCCAGGAACUGGACGGAAAAAGGAACCCAGACACGACGUUUCCCAUCGCAAACUAAUUCGGCAGCUGCUACCAGACGAACACCCCAUCAUCGUCCAACAAACCUGGCUAACUCAGCAAAAUGCUGAAAACAUUCAUUUCUAUUUGAUGGAAGUUAAAGAGAAAAGGGCAACCUAUGGGGCUUUUGAUGAACUGCGCAAAGAGCAAUGUAAAUCGCUACCCCUUCCGAAAUUGUACAAGCGACUGCAAACGAUUGAUCACGAAGAAGCGCAGACUGUCGAUGAUGUGAGACGAAAGUAUCAGAAUCAACGUAAUAUGAUUAUGAAGAGAAUGGCUGAGCUUUCAUGACUUGCGGGUAGUAGCUUACAUAUUCAUUUGAGAAUAUAGCGGGAAGUAGAUACUUGUACAUAGCAUUGUAGAUAGUGCAUGUUUUGCGAAAGGCGGAGAAAUAUACUACUCAAUAAACUUAGAAUGAAG